AUGUCGCUCUCGCCCUCCACGUCCGCCGAGUACGACCACCCGACGGCAAAGCGCCGCCGCACGUCGUUCCCCGUCGGCGGCAGCGCUCGCGCCGACGCCAUGGCCAUGUCGCCCGACAACGCGCCGCCGGGCCUGUCCGCGCCGUCCGCGUCACGUCUCUCCCGCUUGGAGGGCCAGUACCUCGUCAUGCAGAGCCAGAUGAUCGGCAUGCAGUCCUCGCUCGACAGGAUCCUAUCCGCUAUCCACGCCCAGAGCCAGCAGACCGCCGCCAUCGUCCAGCACUCCAUCUACGCGAACGGCGCACCGCCCCCCAUGCCUCCGCCGCUGCGCAACAGUGUGGACGUCUAUGGGUCCCCCGGCCCCGUGGACGGCCCGUCGCGGCCUGUGCCCAGGUCCUUCCCGCCCCUGCCCGGCUUCGCGCCACCCCCCCACAAGUACGCGACGUACGGCAUCGUCCCCAGCACGGCGCCUUCUUCCGAGGACGAGUCCGAGGACACGCUCCCCAGGUCCACCUUGAAUGCGCCCAUCGAGGCAUUGCAGGGCCUCGCAAACGCUGCCGCGGAGGCGGCGGCUGUCGCACCAUCUGCGUCACCACCAAGGGUCAAGAAGCGCAAGAAGGCAGAACCUACGCCUCGCAACGCGUUUCCCCAUGUUGUCGAAAAGCCUGGCCAGAACCUCGUCUCUGACGCAGAAGCCCGCGAACUCUAUACUAUCUUCUUCUCCGGCUGCCACUUCUUCAUACCCUGUUUCGACCCCAGCUACGACACAUAUGAGGCGCUCAUGGAGCGCACGCCGUGGACGUUCGACUCGAUCCUGGCCGUCGCGAGCAAGAUCCGCAGCGGGACGGGCCCGCUGAGCCCCACGUUCUACAAGUGCCUCGAGGAGGCGCAGGGCAUCGCGCGGUCGUCGCUGUUCGGGCCUGUCGUGCGUAAAGAGGCGGUGCAGGGCAUGCUGCUGCUCGCGGCGUGGAGCACGAACGGGUGGCUGCCCAGCGGGCACGCGAUGCGCAUGGCGCUCGACCUUGGGCUGCAUCGCGCUCUCGAGAAGCUCGCUGACCACGAGAGCGCGAAGAAGCGCACGGAGGAGGAGCGCAUCCUCGCGCACUGCCUGGCGUUUCCGUUGCCGCGUGAUGUGUGA